CAGCGCCAUGGAGAUGACAGGUUGAGGUCACUUGCUCCUUUCUCCUGGGCAAUGGGUGACAGAGACAGCCAUGCAGACCAAUGGAAAGGAAGACCAAGGGGAAUGUCCUGAAUCAAGUCACCAAUGGGAAGCAGUUUCGCUUUCCCUCUGUCUCUCAGGGCAUGAGACCAGCCAGGCACUGGGAAACAAGGUUUGGUGCCAGAGAUUUUGGUGGCUUCCAAGACUGCUUUUUCAGAGACAGGCCCAUGGACACAGCACGGAUUGCAGUUGUCGGGGCAGGUGUGGUGGGGCUCUCCACGGCUGUGUGCAUCUCCAAACUGGUGCCCCGAUGCUCCAUUACCAUCAUUUCAGACAAGUUUACUCCAGAUACCACCAGUGAUGUGGCAGCCGGAAUGCUUAUUCCUCACACUUAUCCAGAUACACCCAUUCACACGCAGAAGCAGUGGUUCAGAGAAACCUUUAAUCACCUCUUUGCAAUUGCCAAUUCUGCAGAAGCUGGAGAUGCUGGUGUUCAUUUGGUAUCAGGUUGGCAGAUAUUUCAGAGCACUCCGACUGAAGAAGUACCAUUCUGGGCUGACGUGGUUCUGGGAUUUCGAAAGAUGACUGAGGCUGAGCUGAAGAAAUUCCCCCAGUAUGUGUUUGGUCAGGCUUUUACAACCCUGAAAUGCGAAUGCCCUGCCUACCUCCCGUGGUUGGAGAAAAGGAUAAAAGGAAGUGGAGGCUGGACACUCACUCGGCGAAUAGAAGACCUGUGGGAACUUCAUCCGUCCUUUGACAUCGUGGUCAACUGUUCAGGCCUUGGAAGCAGACAGCUUGCAGGAGACUCAAAGAUUUUCCCUGUAAGGGGCCAAGUCCUCCAAGUUCAGGCUCCCUGGGUGGAGCAUUUUAUCCGAGAUGGCAGUGGGCUGACAUAUAUUUAUCCUGGUACAUCCCAUGUAACCCUAGGUGGAACUAGGCAAAAAGGGGACUGGAAUCUGUCCCCGGAUGCAGAAAAUAGCAGAGAGAUUCUUUCCCGAUGCUGUGCUCUGGAGCCCUCCCUCCACGGAGCCUGCAACAUCAGGGAGAAGGUGGGCUUGAGGCCCUACAGGCCAGGCGUGCGACUGCAGACAGAGCUCCUUGCGCGAGAUGGGCAGAGGCUGCCUGUAGUCCACCACUAUGGCCAUGGGAGUGGGGGCAUCUCAGUGCACUGGGGCACUGCUCUGGAGGCCGCCAGGCUGGUGAGCGAGUGUGUCUGUGCCCUCAGGACCCCCAUUCCCAAGUCAAACCUGUAGAUGACAUACAAUGACAGCAAAUAGACUGAGAGACUGUUGAUCAAAGCACAGAACAGGUUCAAAUAACUUUUCCACUGCAUGAAAGUUUAAUUAGACAUUUCUUUGUUUUCAACAUUAGAAGUGGUGUAACAUGUAAGCUGAGCACAGUGGCAUGCCUAUAGUCCCAGCUACUUGAGAGGCUGAGGCAGGAGGAUCACUUGAGCCCAGGAGUUUGAGUGCAAUCUGGGUAACAUUUUUUAGAGGUGCCAGUUCCCACCUCUAAAAAAACCACCAACAACAAAAGAAAUGAUGCAACAUGUAGGCUUACUUAGGAAGUCUAGCAUUAAUGGCAUAGGGCAUAAAGCUCUAUUUUUUGUUAAAAAUACUUCUUAUAGAGUAAAGUUUCUUUAGAACUGAUGUCCAAGGACCUAUGCAGAUUUAUAUGAAUGUUGGAAGCUAUAGAGAUUUUGAUAUCAUUUGGCUUAUAAAUCCACAGGAGGAGAUAAUGUAUGGAAAACAUUUAAAUCACUGCCAAUUGCAGAGCUGCCUGUGAUCUUCUUAGGUUAUAGCCAAGUCAGCAACAUAAUUCCUCUAAAUAAAAUUACAUUGUGCUCACACAAUGCUGGAUUAUUACGUUUAAUUGAAGACAAAGCAUGCUUGUUCCUAGUACUAGCAGCAACCUUUUCCUCCCCUCAGCUGGUAAUGAUGGUAGGAGACAGAGAUGAAGUUGCCUAUGUAUGUCAUAUCAAUUCAAUAGCUGCCUGGGGUCAAACACCUAGGGGUUGUACAUUCCAUUACUGUAAAUGAUUGAGAGCUGGUUUGUGGUAUGGUUGGCUUUGCCUAAGCAUUUUUGAAGAUGAACAGCAUGUGCAGCCAAAGAACUCAUUUGCUAAUUAAGGUGGAACAAUUAUUCUGAGUGAAAUAUAAUCAGAGUACUCCGCAGUUUGUUAAGAAGUACUGGGGAGGAGGGGAAUGUGUCUCACAAUAAAAUGAGUUGGAAUUGUUGAGUUAAAUGAAUUUAACCUGUUUUUUGACUCAGGCCUAUUCAGAGCCUCUAAUGUGUGUACGUGUAUUGUGAAUCCUCUAGAGAGCUUGGGUGGAUGGAAAAUGAAGUGCUGGUAUUGAGGUAAAGAGGCUUGAGGAGGCUGGGCACGGUGGCUCACGCCUGCAAUCCCAGUACUUUGGUGCAAUCCCAGCACUUUGGGAGGCUGAGGUAGGUGGAUCACUUGAGUUCAGGAGUUCAAGACAAGCCUGGCCAACAUUGUGAAAGCUCGUCUCUAUAAAAAUACAAAAAUUAGCUGGGCAUGAUGGUGGGUGCCUGUAAUCCCAGCUACUCGGGAAGCUACUUGAACCCGGGAGACGGAGGUUGCAGUGAGCUGAGAUCGCACCAUUACACUCCAGCCUGGGUGACAGAGCAAGAUGCCGUCUCAAAAAAAAAAAAAGGCUUGAGGAGAAAUGGAUUUAAUUUUAAUAUUUGGGGAAGACGACUUCUGUUAAAUGAUACAGUAAGUUAUAUUUUGGACAUCCUGAGUGAGAUACAGGGUUGCCAAUGAAAGUGUGGGAAAGAGAAAGCUCUCAGCACAGCUACAGCUUUACUGUUGCGUUCAUUCAGAACUUGCAUAUGAUUUUGUUUGCAGAGAACAUUCUGCUGGUAGACAGUGAGAGAAGCCCACCAGUAUUUUAUGCAGUCAUAAUCACUCCUUGCAGUAUUAACAUUCUCAAGUAAAAUCAAGUGUGGGCUCUUUUCUAUAGAUUUCCACCAGGGGGUGGUGUUGUAUCAGAUUCAGAUACAUUGGUACAUUCAAAAAUUUAGAAAUGACUAGAAAUAAAAGAUGGAUACCAG